AUGUCAGAUUCCAACCACACCAACAACUUCUUUUUCCUCACAGCCCUUCCAGGCCUCCAAGCUGUGCAUGUCUGGCUCUGCAUCCCUCUGUGUGCUGUGUAUGUGGCUGCUAUAACAGGGAACAGCCUGAUCCUGUGGGUAGUGAGAUCAGAGCCCUCCCUACACAAGCCCAUGUACUACUUCCUUUCCAUGCUGGCAGUGACAGACCUGGGCUUGUCUGCCUCCACGCUGCCCACCAUGUUCCCCAUCUACGUGCUGGGUCUCAGAGAGGUGGCGGUGGGCAUGUGCUUGGCCCAGCUUUUCUUCAUCCAUACCUUCUCCAUCAUGGAGUCCUCUGUGCUGCUGACCAUGGCCUUUGACCGUUUUGUGGCUAUGAGCAACCCUCUGCGCUACAGUGCCAUCCUCACCAGCCCCCGGAUAGCUGGCUUGGCCAUCAUGGUACGCAGCAUUGGUCUCCACAUCCCAGCCUCCAUUAUGCUGAAGAAGUUGCUUUACUGCCAGAACCACCAGCUCUCCCACUCCUACUGCCUGCAUCCAGAUGUCAUGAAGCUCGCCUGUGCUGACACUCAUGUCAACAGUGUCUACGGACUCUUUGUGGUUCUCUCUACACUGGGUGUGGACUCAGUGCUCAUUAUUCCCUCCUACGGGCUGAUCUUCCAGACAGUGUUGCCCAUCGCUUCCAGGGCUGAGCAACUUAAAGCCCUCAACACGUGUGUCUCCCAUAUCUGUGUUGUACUGCUCUUCUACACACCUAUGAUUGGCCUGUCCAUGAUCCACAGAUUUGGGAAGUCGGCUUCAUCAUGCAGUCAUGUAUUGCUUUCCUAUCUUCACUUUCUUACACCUCCAGUGCUCAAUCCAGUUGUUUACACCAUCAAGACCAAGCAAAUCCGACUAAGGAUGUUACGCCUCUUCCGGUCAGGUGACGCUGGCAUUAAGGAUAGCCAGAGUCAUUAA